CGCCCCGACAAGGGGCGUGUGGCCCGGGCCGCUGGCUAGCUAGCGACCGGCUCGUAGGGGAGGGCAGAAAGUUCGGGUCCCCGACAGACUGACUUGAGAGCCGGCGCAGCGAGCAGCGGGAGGCGGCGGCGGCCGGCAGAGGCGCGGCCGGGGCAUGGACAGCGCGGCCGCCGCCUUCGCCCUGGACCCGCCAGCGCCCGGCCCGGGGCCCCCGCCCGCACCCGGUGACUGCGCCCAGGCGCGCAAAAACUUCUCGGUGAGCCAUCUCUUGGACCUGGAGGAGGUGGCGGCUGCCGGGCGCAGGGCUGCGGGGCCGGUGCCGGGGCCCGAGGCGCGAGAGGGAGCGGCGCGCGAACCGUCCGGGGGCAGCAGCGGCAGCGAGGCGGCGCCGCAGGACGGUGAGUGCGCGGCCCCCAGCCGUGGCAGCGCCACCAAACGAAAGAAGAAGCAGCGUCGGAAUCGGACCACGUUCAACAGCAGCCAGCUGCAGGCACUGGAACGUGUAUUCGAGCGCACACACUACCCUGACGCCUUCGUGCGUGAAGAGCUAGCUCGCCGUGUCAACCUCAGUGAGGCACGUGUCCAAGUCUGGUUCCAGAACCGCCGUGCCAAGUUUCGCCGGAAUGAACGUGCCAUGCUGGCUACCCGCUCUGCCUCACUGCUCAAGUCUUAUGGCCAGGAGGCAGCCAUUGAGCAGCCUGUGGCCCCCCGACCUACCACACUGAGCCCAGAUUAUCUAUCCUGGCCAGCAUCAUCCCCCUACAGCUCAGUGCCUCCCUACAGCCCCGGAGGUUCAAGUCCUGCAACUCCUGGAGUCAACAUGGCCAACAGCAUCGCCAGCCUUCGCCUCAAGGCCAAAGAGUUCAGCCUCCACCACAGCCAGGUGCCUACAGUGAACUGACAGUGUGUGCUGGGCUCAGCCUCCUCCCUGGCCCAAGGACAGAUCGCAGCAAAGGAAGUAGCCUUGUCUGUCCCUGUCCUCAGACAAUCUGGGCAGCCUCUCCCAUGCCUUUUCUCCAUCACAGCUUCCUGAGUUCCAGAGGCCUGUUGGGUACUGGAAGUGGCAGUUGAACAGGUCACGGCUAUGGUGGCUGAGAUUGUGGCCUAAGGCUCCUGGAGUGGCCUGGCCAGAAGGCGGAGCUGGAGUCCGCCAAAGAACUCACUUAUGUAUUAAAACCAAAAAGCUUUUGUCUUUAAGGAAUAAAAACAUUUUUUCUUAAGCUCCA